AAGAGGAAGGACUUUUAUUUUGAAAGGGCGAGCGGAACUUUGAAGAGGCUAGCUGGUUAGCAUUGUGUGCUAACGGGCUGCGUCACGACGGCAGCUCAGCACAAACAUUAGCUCUGAUGCUAACGCAGGGCGACGCGUGUGGUUCAUUAAGACGUCACGAAGACCGUGCCAGAGCCGUGCCAGAGCCGUGCCAGAGCCGUGCCAGAGCCGUGCUAACUGUUAGCCCGCCGCGUUAGCCGCGUUAGCCCGCCGCGUUAGCCGCGUUAGCCGCGUUAGCCGCGUUCUCAUAACAAACAAACAGCGGCUGUCAGCAGUGUUCGCUCAGCAGUGUUCGCUCAGCAGUGUUCGCCGCGCAGUGUUCGCUCAGCGUGUUCGCUCAGCACGUUCGCCGCAUAAGAAAACAAGAUGGAAACGAACGCGCCGAAGCGAAGAGACAACAAGAAGUCACUGCGCGUGAAGGUAAUCAGCCUCGGGAACGCCGAGGUGGGAAAGAGCUGCAUCAUCAAACGUUACUGUGAGAAGAGGUUUGUACCAAAGUACCUGGCAACUAUCGGCAUCGACUACGGCGUCACCAAAGUGCAGGUCCGAGACCGAGAGAUUAAAGUGAACAUCUUUGACAUGGCCGGACAUCCUUUCUUCUAUGAAGUGCGUAAUGAGUUCUAUAAGGACAGUCAGGGCGUGCUGCUGGUGUAUGAUGUCGGCCUCAGGGAGAGCUUCGACGCUCUCGACAGCUGGCUGGGGGAGAUGAAACAGGAAAUGGGCUCUCAGGCCAACAUGGACAGCAUCGUGUUCGUGGUCUGCGCCAACAAGGUGGACCUGACGAAGAGACGGGUCGUGGAUGAGGGGGAGGGGCGUCUGUGGGCGGAGUCUAGAGGCUUUCAUUACUUUGAAACGUCGGCGCAGAGCGGAGAGGGCAUCAACGAGAUGUUCCAGGCGUUCUUCUCGUCCAUCACCGACAUGUGUGAGAACGGCGGGAAGCGUCCGGUGUCCGAGGUCAGCGUGGGCUUCACCAAAGAGCAGGCCGACACCAUCCGACGCAUCCGCAACAGCAAAGACUCAUGGGAUAUGCUGGGCGUCAAACCUGGAGCCACGCGGGAGGAAGUGAACAAGGCGUACAGGAAGUUGGCGGUCCUGCUGCACCCGGACAAAUGUGUUGCCCCCGGCAGCGAGGACGCCUUCAAGGCCGUGGUGAACGCUCGCACGUCACUACUGAAGAACAUCAAAUAACACACCUGAACACACACACCUGAACACACACACCUGAACAUACACCUGAACACACACACCUGAACACACACACCUGAACACACACACCUGAACAUUCACCUGAACAUUCACCUGAACACAUACACCUGAACACAUCUGAACACAUACACCUGAACACAUACACCUGAACACACACACCUGAACCCUCUGACAGACACUGGACCUCUGGUCACUCAGACAUGGACUGAAGAACACGCACGCACACACACACAGUUUAUUUAUUCUAUAUUUAACAUAAAGGUCUGAUGUGCCAACAUAGUGUGUGUGUGUGUGUGUGUGUGUGUGUGUGUGUGUGAGAUGUCAUCAGUGACGUCACAAACUCGUUAAUAAAGUUUGGUUCUCGUUAAUGAAGUAUUAAUCAGGUGUGUGUCGUCCUGUGUGCCAAAGUUUGCAGGUGUGACAUCAUAAUUAAUAUGCAUGUUUAAUGUUAACGAUGUGAAAGCCGUCUGAUGACAUCACAGCAUGUCUGCGUGAUGAUUGGUCAGACUCAGCUGCUGUUUACAGGAUGACAGUGACCUCACCAAUGCUCUUUAAUGACACGUUACGUAACGAGCCAUCUCCUCAUUAACACUGAGCGUCUCUGAUGAUCCAGGUCAUGAUGAAAUCAGUCAAAUUAACGAGUCACGUGUCGUCAACAGGUGUGAAGCGGAGGCGGAGCUUCCACCUGGCACGUGUUCGUUAGCACUAGUACGUUGUUUCAGCGUUUCUGUCCAAACGUUCUCAGAACAUUAAUGAUCAGUCGUGAUGUCAUCAACACUUCAGUCAUGUGACGUGUGGAUGAUGCGUUUCCUGUGAGGUCACAGUAAUGUUUCAUUUUAUCUACAUUAGUGAGGACACGAGUGUUUAAAUGACGUGUGUGUGUGUGUGUGUGUGUGUGUGUGUGUCUGUGUGUGUGUGUGUGUGUGAUGAUAGUCUGUACAAAUUAAGCGUUGGUUUAAAGUUUCUCAAACGUUUCUGUUACGUUACAUUAUCCUGAAUAUUUUGGAAUGACCUGUGACUUCCUGGAACCUUUCACCUGUUUGUUGCUGAUCACCUGUUUGUUGCUGAUCACCUGUUUGUUGCUGAUCACCUGUUGUUGCUGAUCACCUGUUGUUGCUGAUGACCUCCUGUUGUUGCUGAUCACCUGUUUGUUGCUGAUCACCUGUUGUUGCUGAUCACCUGUUGUUGCUGAUCACCUGUUGUUGCUGAUGACCUGUUGUUGCUGAUCACCUGCUGUUGCUGAUCACCUGUUGUUGCUGAUGACCUGUUGUUGCUGAUCACCUGUUUGUUGUUGUUACCUGUGUGAAUCCUCUUUGAUGACAUCAGUUAAUAAAUCAUUUUUGAUAUAUCA